GGGGCCCAACAUUGCAGCGUGAGAAUGGGCCUUUAAGUUUAUAUCUCACUUUGUCCCAGUCGCGACCUGACGAUCCGAGGGGAUGGUGAAGGUAAAGAAGAAUUUCAAGGCCAAUGUUGCUUUCCGUUUUUAAAGUGAAUCAUGAGCUCGCAGGAGAAGUGUCCUACCUGUUCGGCCGCAAAGGAGACGGAAGACGAUCUGCUGUCGAAGUUUGAUUAUGUCAUCUGUACCAUACCCGGUACUCACGGCAUGCCCUAUGGACGGGUGGUCCCGCGUCAUCUGGUGCAAAAGGUCCUGAAGGAUGGCUUUGGGCUGUUUCGGGGUAUCGGAAACUUCGGCAUUAACUUUGAAAUCCCAAAACAAAUUAAAGAGUACACCGAGAAUAACUGGCCUAACGGCCUCUUCCUUCCCAUCAAAGAGACGGCUAGAGAGCUGAUGUGGUGCAGCACUCCCUCCCGCCGUAUCGGCAACCUUGUGUGCGACCUGUUGUACGCCAACGGCGAGCAGGACGAGGUGUGUCCACGUGACACGCUGCGUCGACAGCUGCGGCGGCUGGAGGCCAUGGGGAUAAAGCUGCGGUCGUCGUUCGAGUGCGAGUACAUGGUCUUCAGAAAGGACACGUCGGAGCCGCUAGGUGGCGGUGUGCUACAGUACGGCAACGCGGACCUGCUGGACCAGGACCUGGACUUCCACCUGGACCUGAUGGACGUCAUGCGCGGCAGUGGCAUCCCCGUGGAGUUCUUCAACGGCGAGUCGGAGCUAGGCCAGUACGAGAUCACCAUGACACCAACGGAAGGACUUGAGGCGGCUGACGCGGCUUUCUUCUUGCGGUACGGCAUCCGGGCAUUCUGCCAGCGGCGCGGUUAUAGAGCGACAUUCAUGACGCGCCCCUGCUUUCCCGGCCAUAGUAAUGGCAUGCACCUAAACCACUCCCUGUGGGGCUCCGACGGCCGCGAUGUCUUCCACGACGCCAACGACUCUCAGCAUUUGUCUACAUUCGCUCGGCACUGGGUGGCCGGCCUACGACAUGGACCGGCUCUGGCAGCCCUGGUGUGCCCCACCGUCAACUGCUACCGCCGCCUUUGCGACGGACUGGCGCCCAGCGCCAUCUACUGGAACCUGGAAGACCGCCUGAGCACGAUCCGGGCCAAAGCCUCCAAGUCCGGUGCCUACCUGGAGUUUCGACUGCCGUCUUCCGCCUGUAAUCCUUACCUAGCCAUUGCCGCUACUAUAGCUGCAGGUCUGGAUGGGGUAGAGCGCAAACUGCCAUGUCCAGAUCCCGGAAUCCCUGGCAGGACGGUCAGUCCCGACAACGCUGUGCCCCUGCCAACGUCAUUGACCGAGGCCCUCAACGCACUGGAGAAGGACGUGGAUUUAAAGAACGCGCUGGGUCAAAAGGUCGUGGAACGUUUUAUCACUCUGAAGCGCGACUUUGAAAUCAAGUAUUUCCAGAACAACACCACUGCGGACAUGAGCACUGCGGAAGUCACAGCUGUGGAGGCCAAAUACUACAUGCCUUAUAUCUAACACUACAUGAGUCUGCAUGCACGUGACUUCAGCUUUAUUUAGUAGGUAGAACUGAUGGUAGUUGUUUAUGGUAAACAAUCUAAUCCUUCUCUCUAAAAUCCUAGAGUAGCCAUAGCCACAAGGUAUGUGUGAUGAUAAGAACAGGUGCAUAUUUCUUUUCACACACACAUAAACACACACACUCCCUGAGAUGUCCACUCAGAGACUUCUAUAUGGGACAAGCAGUGAUAUGAUUGAUAUGAAUUCAUGAGGUUGGCAAUAUGUUUGCAUGUAAAGUUACUUCUCUACUUUCACAUGAGAACCAUAGACUUCUAUAGCCCCAUUUAGUAGUUCCAUUGUUUUGGCUAGAUUGUAGACAUUUCUUUAACUGUAUCAUGUGGUAGAACAACAACUAUGGUGAAAACAUUUGAAACUCAUGGCAUGAUGAAUGAGUGAAGAAUAAAUGUAGACAUUUUAUUUUUGUUUGUUGUAGCAAUCAUGCCUUGUUUUCACUUACAAAUGACUAUAGUACCAUCCUUUUCCACUUUUGUGAAAUGUAGAAGCUUGAACAUCUUCUAUAAAACUUUUUUUCAGGUGUUAGGUCUGUGAAAAAAAAUUAUGCUUGUCCAUAAAGGAACCAAUUGAUUGAGAAUAAGAAAGUAUGCUCUUGCAUUUGACACUGGUUUGGUUAUUUAUUAUUUUCUGGUAAGCGACCAUCCAAAUAUAACUAAGUCAACCUUCUGUGAAGAUAGUAGCAUUACAACUGAAGCCUACGCGCAUCUCUUUCAUCAAAAUGUACAAGGAUAAAGAAACACUGGCCUAACCAAGAGGGUAAAGUGCAAUAAAUUUAUCCUAAAACAAAACAAUGCUGGGAAAUCCAAUCCCUCCUUCCUCUUUGUCUCUUAAAAUAAAAGUGGAUGCCUUUUUCAUGCUAAAUCGCAGGCAUUGGUUUGAGUGUGUAAAUAUUUAUAUAAACUCAUAAUUGCACAUAUGAUUACCCAAUUUUGCAAUAAAUUAAAUAAAUAAAUUUCAUUUAAUUUUAUUUUCUGUAAACUGCUUUUGCUACGCCAGGUUUCAGAAAUGGAGUAUUAAACUGCACUCUCCAUGCCA